CCUGACUGAGUGUGUGAACAGACUGCAGGCUACCCGGGGCUUCUGUAGGAGGGGCUGCCCCGAUGAACUUGGUAUUUGCCCUGGUUUGCAACUGAGAAGUGGCACACACACACCUUGUCAAGCCCAAGGGAAGGAGUUAUCACUCUCAGCAACUCCUGAUGUGGGUUCAUAACCUUUCCUUGUGUCCCAUCCCUAGUCCCCAGGCGAGCUUGGGGAAAGAACAGGAGGACUAAAGGGAGAUGCUGCCGCCCCAGCUUCCCGGACAAUGCCCAGGGUCUCCAGCCUUUCAGAGCCGGAGACUCUCGCCUUCCGCAUGUGACCCGGCAUUUUCAGAGCCUGCUGCGUGGGAGUCUUGCAAGCUCCUUCAUGUCCUCUUCAUUCCAGAGCCCAGCAUGAACGGAUACGCGGAAUUUCCUUCCAGCCCCAGUAACCCCACCAAGGAGCCCAUGGAGCCCCAGCCCAGCCAGGUCCCGCUGCCGGAAGACAUGGACAUGAGCAGUGGCUCCAGUGGGCAUGAGACCAACGAGAACUGCUCCACGGGGCGGGACUCGCAGGGCAGUGAUUGUGACGACAGUGGGAAGGAGCUGGGGAUGCUGGUGGAGCCACCGGACACCCACCAGAGUCCAGAUGCCUUUAGCCUGAUGAUGGCAAAAUCUGAACACAACCCCUCUACGAGUGGCUGCAGUAGCGACCAGUCUUCAAAGGUGGACACUCACAAAGAACUGAUAAAAACACUGAAGGAGCUGAAGGUCCACCUCCCUGCAGACAAGAAGGCCAAGGGCAAGGCCAGUACUCUGGCCACCCUGAAGUACGCCCUCAGGAGCGUGAAGCAGGUGAAAGCCAGUGAAGAGUAUUACCAGCUGCUGAUGUCCAGCGAGGGCCACCCCUGCGGAGCAGACGUGCCUUCCUACACCGUGGAGGAGAUCGAGAGCGUCACCUCUGAGCACAUAGUGAAGAAUGCCGAUAUGUUUGCCGUGGCCGUGUCCCUGGUAUCUGGGAAGAUCCUGUACAUCUCUGACCAGGUUGCAUCCAUAUUUCACUGUAAGAGAGAUGCCUUCAGCGACGCCAAGUUUGUGGAGUUCCUGGCGCCUCAUGAUGUGGGCGUGUUCCACAGCUUUACCUCCCCCUACAAGCUUCCCUCGUGGAGUGUGUGCAGUGGAGCAGAUUCUUUUACUCAAGAAUGCUGCAUGGAGGAGAAAUCUUUCUUUUGCCGUGUCAGUGUCGGGAAAAGCCACGAGAAUGAGAUCCGCUACCACCCGUUCCGCAUGACUCCCUACCUGGUCAAGGUUCGGGGCCGGCAAGGUGCUGAGAGUCAGCUUUGCUGCCUUCUCCUGGCAGAGCGAGUGCAUUCUGGUUAUGAAGCUCCUAGAAUUCCUCCUGAAAAGAGAAUUUUCACAACCACCCAUACACCAAAUUGUUUGUUCCAGGAUGUGGAUGAGAGGGCGGUGCCUCUCCUGGGCUAUCUACCUCAGGACCUGACUGAGACCUCAGUGCUUGUGCAGCUUCACCCCAGUGACAGGCCCUUGAUGCUGGCCAUCCACAAAAAGAUCCUGCAGUCUGGGGGCCAGCCUUUUGACUAUUCUCCCAUUCGGUUUCGUGCCCGGAAUGGGGAGUACAUCACGUUGGACACCAGCUGGUCCAGCUUCAUCAACCCGUGGAGCAGGAAAAUCUCCUUCAUCAUCGGGAGGCACAAAGUCAGGGUGGGCCCUUUGAAUGAGGACGUGUUCGCAGCCCACCCGUGCACAGAGGAGAAGCCCCUGCACCCCAGCAUGCAGGAGCUCACGGAGCAGAUCCACCGGCUCCUGCUGCAGCCGGUCCCCCACAGCGGCUCCAGUGGCUACGGGAGUCUGGGCAGCAACGGGUCCCACGAGCACCUCAUGAGCCAGACCUCCUCCAGUGACAGCAAUGGCCAUGAGGACUCACGCCAGAGGAGAGUCGAAAUUUGUAAAAAUGGUAACAAGACCAAAAACAGAAGUCAUUAUUCUCAUGAAUCUGGAGAACAAAAGAAAAAACCUGUUACAGAAAUGCAGACUAGUCCCCCAGCUGAAAUGAAAGCUGUCCCUGCCGUGGAAAAAGACAGCGUGGGGGCCAGCUUCCCGGAGGAGUUGGCCUGCAGGGAACAGCCCACCUGCUCCUACCAGCAGAUCAGCUGCCUGGAUGGCGUCAUCAGGUACUUGGAGAGCUGCAGUGAGGCUUCCACCCUGAAGAGGAAGUGCGAGUUCCCAGCAAACGUCCCAACACUAAGGUCCGGCGAUAAGCGCAAGGCCACAGUCAGCCCGGGGCUGCGUGCUGCAGAGGCAGAGCUGCCCUCCAGGGUGAACAGCCGCACGGGAGUUGGCACACACCUGACCUCGCUGGCACUGCCCAGCAAGGCGGAGAGUGUGGCGUCGCUCACCAGCCAGUGCAGCUACAGCAGCACCAUCGUCCAUGUGGGAGACAAGAAGCCGCAGCCGGAGCUAGAGAUGGUGGAAGAUGCUGCGAGUGGGCCAGAGUCCCUGGACCGCCUGGUGGGCCCCGCCCUGGCCUGUGGUCUCAACCAGGAGAAGGAGCCCUUCAAGAAUCUAGGGCUCACCAAGGAGGUGCUUGCUGCACACACCCAGAAGGAGGAGCAGAGCUUCCUGCAGAAGUUCAAAGAAAUAAGAAAACUCAGCAUUCUCCAGUCUCACUGCCAUUACUACUUACAAGAAAGAUCCAAGGGGCAGCCAAGUGAGCGAACUACCCCUGGACUAAGAAGUGCUUCCGGAAUGGAUUCACCUUGGAAAAAAGCCGGAAAGAACAGAAAGCUGAAGUCCAAGCGGCUCAAACCCCGAGACUCUUCUGAGAGCACCGGAUCUGGGGGGCCCGUGCCUGCCCGGCCCCCGCUCAUGGGCUUGAACACCACAGCCUGGUCGCCCUCGGACACGUCCCAGUCCAGCUGCCCAGCCAUGCCUUUUCCCACCCCAGUGCCAGCUUAUUCCCUGCCCGUGUUUCCAGCGCCAGGGACUGUGGCAGCACCCCCUAUGCCUCCCCAUGCCAGCUUCCCAGUGUCUGCUGUGCCCGUGGACCUCCAGCACCAGCUUGCAGUCCAGCCCCCACCCUUUCCUGCCCCCUUAGCUCCUGUCAUGGCAUUCAUGUUACCCAGUUAUUCCUUCCCCUCGGGGACCCCAAACCUCCCCCAGGCCUUCUUCCCCAGCCAGCCUCACUUUCCAAGUCACCCCACACUCACAUCUGAGAUGGCCCCUGCCUCACAGCCCGAGUUCCCCAGCCGGACUUCCGUUCCCAGACAGCCAUGCACUUGUCCAGCCACCCGGGCCAGCCCAUCAGCUGUGGGUAGGGCCUCUCCGCCGCUCUUCCAGUCCCGCUGCAGCUCACCCCUGCAGCUCAACCUGCUGCAGCUGGAGGAAGCCCCUGAGGGCGGCACUGGGGCUGUGGGGACCACCGGGGCUACAGAGACAGCAGCUGUGGGGCCGGACUGCAAACCUGGCACUUCUCGGGACCAGCAGCCGACGGCACCUCUGACCCGUGACGAACCCUCAGACACCCAGAACAGUGACGCCCUUUCCACGUCAAGCGGCCUUCUAAACCUCCUGCUGAAUGAGGACCUCUGCUCAGCCUCGGGCUCUGCUGCUUCGGAGUCGCUGGGCUCGAACUCGCUGGGCUGCGACGCCUCCCCGAGUGGGGCAGGCAGUAGUGACACAAGUCAUACUAGCAAAUAUUUUGGAAGCAUUGACUCCUCAGAGAAUAAUCACAAAGCAGAAAUGAACACUGGUCUGGAAGAAAGUGAGCGUUUCAUUAAGUGCGUCCUUCAGGACCCCAUCUGGCUGCUGAUGGCAGAUGCGGACAGCAGGGUCAUGAUGACCUACCAGCUGCCUUCCCGAAACUCAGAAGCGGUUUUGAAGGAGGACAGAGAAAAGCUGAAGCUCUUGCAGAAACUCCAGCCCAGGUUCACGGAGAGUCAGAAGCAGGAGCUGCGGGAAGUGCACACGUGGAUGCAGACGAGCGGCCUACCCGCAGCCCUCGACGUGGCGGAAUGUGUUUACUGUGAAAACAAGGAAAAGGGUAAUAUGUGCAUACCUUAUGAGGAAGAUAUUCCUUCUCUGGGACUCAGCGAAGUGUCAGACACCAAAGAAGACGAAAAUGGAUCCUCCUUGAAUCAUAAAAUCGAAAAGCAGACAUAACCCCCGACCACCUUCAGGCCAGCAACCAGCCAGCUACAUGAGAUGGUGCUUGGAAGAGGUGAAAGAUCUUCAUGGCUGUUUCCAAUGAAGUGGACACAUAUUCUCAUGUGGCUUUUUUUGUUUUAGGAAAAGAACAGUUUUCUGAAGGGGUGACUUAAAACUGUGGAGGGUGGGGAGGGUUUGGAAAGAAACGUGUUUUUAUAUAUAAAAUAUGAAUGUGGAGUUUUGUGGGAUGGGAAGAGAUUUCAGCUGUGAUUUAACUUGAGGAAGACUAAAGGCCUCUUAGUGUCAGGGAAGUUGCCUCAGUGCUCUCAGAGGUCCUGUGGCUGUGACACCAGCUGGGGACUCCGGCUCCUCGAGCUUUCCAGGGCUGCUUGCAUCAGAUCGAAUUCUGUCCUCUCUUGGGGACUGCUUUUAUCUGAAUUAUCAUUGAGUCAAGGCGGACUUUUCUCUGACAUACCAAGUGGAGAUAGUAGCCUCUGCUAGCUUUCUUUCAAAACGUUUUGCGUUAAACACUGUGAAGGCACCGUUUGGCAAACCAACAGCUGUGGCUUCUGGUACCCUUGCGGCCAGUAUUUCAAUCUGACAUGGCUUUUGUUUGUAGUGAACAAAGUUGAAACAUUUGCUGUGGACUAAAGAAGCCUAGUGGGUUGUGUGGCCAGCCCCAUCGGAUGAGAGCACGGGCAGCCCCUCUGUGUAUUCCUGCACCGUUCUUGUCUCCUUUCAGACAAUGAUGGCUGAUACGGAGAUGCGAGUAUGUUAUCAGUCAUCCCUUUAUAGUAACUUCCCUCUGCAAACCAGGCUGUGACCAGCACAUGUGGACCCAAUCCUGUUUGUCCUCUUCCGUUGGAGCCACCCAGACAUCAGCUCCCACCCAGCCAAGGCUACAUCACAUCUUCUGGCUGAGAGCAGCCACUGCCACCCUGCAUCCCACAGCUUGCAACUGUGUCUGUAUCUUCAGGGGUGCCGUGAGCUCACCUCUCCCACUGUACCCUGGGGUGGGUGCCCAGCCCUCAUUCUUUUCAUGAGCCCGUCCUCUCUUGGAGCAGCUUCAGGCCUCUGCCAGUGUCGCCAGCACUUUUAGGUCAUUUGGACACUUGGGGAAAAGCAAGGGCAACCUGCCCAACUUUGUACAAAACCUCAUGUUGUAUAUUCCAAAGAUGGCUCAGAAGAUGUAAUAUUGGUUCCUGUUGUGAAUUCAAAGUUAUCGCUGAAGAACAGUUGACUUAAAAUUGGACCAAGACUAUGAGGCUUAAAUGGGACCAGGGUUUUCUUUUUUCUUUUUUUUUUGAGACGGAGUUUCACUCUUGUUGCCCAGGCACAGUCUUAGCUCACUGCAACCUCCGCCUCCCAGAUUCUAGCAAUUCUCCUGCCUUAGCCUCUCUAGUAGCUGGGAUUACAGGCGCCCACCAGCAUGCCUGGCUAAUUUUUUGUAUUUUUAGUAGAGAUGGGGUUUUGCCAUGUGGGACAGGCUGGUCUCGAACUCGUGACCUCGGGUGACCCACUCGCCUAGGCCUCCCUAAGUGCUGGGAUUACAGGCGUGAGCCACUGCACCUGGCCGGGACCAGGGUUUUGUUUACUUUUUGAUGGAGGUGAAAUCUCUUUGUAAUCCACUAGGUUUUCUUAGUAAAACCAUCUUAUGCCUGAAUAUUGAACCUAUUUUUCAUAAACACAAGAACACUUAAAUUUUUCUUUAAUUUACAAAGUAACAUCACCUGCCUCUGCCUAAGAUACGGUAGCAGUCUUGCAUUCCUACGGCGAUUAGAUGUUACAGGCUCCUUCUCGCCUCUGAAGUCGGAUCAUGGGGACUAGGUGUUAACCUAAGGUUACAUUUCUGUUAUUGAAACACAAAACUGCCAAAAUCCUACCUGCGGUUAUGAAUGUUUACUGUCGGCAUUAUUUUAUUACUUAACACAUGCUCCUUGAUUGUUAACUGUGUAGCUUCGUCACGUGCCAAGCAGUUGACUCGAUAGAAUCAUCCUGUGAAUGUUUAUGUGGCGCCAAGCGUCGUCACGUUUUCCUUAGUGCGUGUGCCGACACAGGUGUGAAACACUUUUUCUCUAUUUUAAACUGAGCCUUCUUUUUAAUAUACUCCUAAAAAGAUGUAAAUAAGCCCUCAGAGUUUGUGUGAUGAUUUGGUGAGCCUUGCCGGACAAGUGGUUUGUUCGUGUGCAAACCGAACUUUGUUUACCCAGUGCAAUAGAUUUGUUUGAUUGCUUGUGUCUUUUUAUGACCUAUUUGCCUUUUAGAAAAUUGGUAAAUAAAGCAAGUAUAUUUUUAUUUUUA